CGAUUGGUUGAGGCUAGAGAACGAAAUAGAAGUCUCAUAGGAAUAUGAAAUAGACAACGUAUGGAGGAUAGUCGAUACAGUUACUGUGGUGGCAGUACUACAAUAUUGUCAGUAAUUGCUGAAGUUUCUUUGUCAAGUGUUGCCUUAAGGGAUAAGGUUGGAGAAUUAAUAAUUAUGAUUCCGGUCAAACUAUUGCUCUUCAGCGGUCUAUUGGUUGGUAUUCAGUGUGCAUAUUAUUCACCUCCUGACUCUCCAAUAGAUUAUGGAGAAUACUUUGCAUCUCCAUCCUCUCCACAAAUGAAUCCGUGGGAGACAACAGCAGCACAAGGAUCGUCAUCAUCACCAAAACCGAGGUCACCACAACGACUGAGGUCACCAGAGCAUCAACAGUCAUAUCCACCACAACAUCAACAGUCAUAUCCACCACAACAUCAACAGUUAUAUGCACCACAACAACCGUUGUAUCCACCACCACAACCGUGGUAUCCACCAACACAAGUACAGUGGCAACAGCAGCAACAACAGCAGCAACAACAACAGCAGUCUUAUCCACAACAACAACAAGGGUGGUCACAACAACCACAGCAGUCGUAUCCACCACAACAACAAGGGUGGUCACAACAACAACAAGGGUGGUCACAACAACCACAACAGUCUUAUCUAUCACAACAACAACAACAACCGAGUUCACUGCCACCACAACAGUGGUCACAACAACGGAGAUCUCCUCCAGCCCAGGAGGAACCAUCACGAAAACGAGCAAGAGUGUCAACAUCAACGGCUAAACCAAGUUCACGUCGAAUGGCUGUAUUCCUAAUCAUGGAUGCUGACAGAGAUGGCAUGGUGACUAAAGAACAAUACAACCGUUUGAAGAACUUAGCUGCCACACAACCAAGAUCCAUUUUCAAUGAUCACUUAGUCAGGCAACAGUUGGACCAGGUAUUCACAGGGAAGGCAUUUAUAAGGAGCACUGACAUUUAUUGGUCGCGGUGGAGAUCAGAGUUCCUGAUGUACCAAGAAGCGUCUACAUAACUUCUGAGUACUUUGUUUUGGAAGUGCUGGAUGAUGUCGAUAUUGGAUGGUCGGGUGCAGCCCCAGAGUUGAAUUCUGUAGGUCCACACCGGCUUGAGAAUCUGCUUGUAGAGAAGCAAUUUGUUAUAAUACAACUUUGAUGUCCUCCCAAGUAGCCAGUACAUUU